AUGAAGUCAAGAACUAGAAUAAAUACUAUAGUUUCGAUCCAAACAUCUCAAGGAGUUGUGGAAGGAGUGGAUGAGAUAAAAUCUGAGGUGAAGAAGCAUUAUGAGGAGAGAUUCAAAAGGAUGGAUAGACCAAGACCGAGCUUAAGAGGGAUGGAGUUCAAUAGGCUCUCGAAGGAAGACAUAGCAUUAUUGGAGGAGGAAUUCACAAGGGAGGAAAUCAAAGAGAUCGUGUUCAGUUGCGAAGGGGACAAAAGCCCAGGGCCAUACGGUUUUAAUAUUUCCUUCAUCAAAAAAUGUUGGGAAGUGGUGGGGAAUGACAUAGUAAAGUGUGUGCAAGACUUCCACAACAAAGCCUCUCUCCCUAGAGCACUAACAGCAUCGUUUAUUGCCUUAAUUCCCAAGGUUGAGCAUCCUCAAGGAUUAGAGUAA